AUGACCACCGUUGUCGCCAAUCCCCAGAUCCCUGCCCAGCACCAGCCAACGCCCUCCUCUGCCGACCGCCUGGGCUCCUCAAGAACAUAUGCCCCCAUUGCGCCCUCGACUUCUUCUCCCCACGCCGUGACGCCAAACUCUCGCGCCUCCAAGCUGCCUGCCGACAAUGCUUCACCUACUUCCUCCAGUAGUGAUGCUGCACAGCAAAGAGCAGAGGGCAAGCGCUCACCUCUCUCGUACUCCUGUCGCCUGCCUUCUACCUCUUCUUCUCCCACCUACUCCUCCAUGUCUCCUCCCACACGAGAUGCCAUGUCUAACCGCCCUUCGUCAAGCAGGUCUCGCGGCCCCGCACCCCGAAUAGUCGUCAAGAAGGAGCCUGUCUCGCCAGACAUGCCUUCCACCACCCGCCAUCGCCCCCAGCGACUCAACCUCUCCAACAACCACAACAUCAUCCACUCGUCGGGCGCCCUCACCGCUCGUCCCUCUGGACAGAGUAGCGCGAAUCUGCAAGACAUGGGCCUCGCCUGUCUGUCACCCGGCUUCCACACCCAAGACCCCACGAUGCGCGAGCAGCUCCAGCGUAGCCUCGACGUAAGAGAGAGACAAAGACAAAUCAUCGAAGCGCGCCAGAAGCAUGGCAAGGGAGGCCCGUCCGACAUGGAGGACGUACGAAGCACCGAGAUUGGAGCCUUUGGUCGAACCAUCAAGACCCCGCAGACGUCACGCAGGAAGGGCCCACCACCAGGACUCUCCAUUGCACCUCCUUCACACCAGCAGUUUGCCAGUGACCGCGUCAUCCAGUCAGCGCCAAUCAACCAAACCUUUACUGGCCUACGUGGAAAUGCUCCACCAACACGACAGCUCGCCAAUGGCCCGUCAAAUCUGUCGCAAACGUCACAUAUCCACCACUUGCCGGCACAGCAAACAAACAAUCGAUUACCCCCAAUUUCGGAUGUCUUCCCAGAGCCCCUAGGAACCGCCCGGAACAUCUUCCACAACGGCAGCCCAGGCCACUCCUCGCAUUCGAAUGUCCAGCCUCCCCUGCCCUCGCCUAGUUUCCCACCUCAGCAAUAUCAGCCCCAGCCGCCGCUGACCUCAAGACCCCGGGAAUACAAGUCCGCUGAGGAAGCUGUUCAGUUGCUUUCUGGUGGCCGUGAGGAUCUUCUGCCCCGCCUAGUCCACUAUGGUGGUCACCAGCCGCCGACGCCACCAUCGCCCAUGCCCAACAAGAACGGGUCAUCCGCCUACCCAUCGCACACGGAUCUUCACCGCAGUGGUAGCACAAGGAGACGUGGCCGCGAUGAGUAUGAGCAAGACAACGGAACCCCUCCGCUAGGCCGCCAGCAAGCACGCCUUGGACCUUUUGGAGAGGGCCGGGACUCCCCCGAGACGCAAUUGAAGAAGAAGGAAGAAUUUAUUGGACUGUGUGCAAGAGCUUGGGAUCUAUUCCACUCGUAA